UACGCAGAUGGGACAGCGAAUCCUGACACAAUAUUAAUAAACACUGCCCCGCCAUGCAAACAUGACUUGCCUUCAGCUGCGCCAAGCUGUGGUGGAGUCUCGCCCGAUACGCAUACGCUGGUGGCUGAGCGCUCCACGGUCAGGAACCGCAUCAGUUCGAUGUAUAUAAGGGGGUCUACAAGGGAGUAAAAUAGAGCAACAAUACAAUCACAUCAACAUGAAGAUCGCAUUCAUUCUCGAAACAGCCCUCUUCGGCCUCGCUGCCGCAUCCUGUCCCUUCGGCCAUGGAAACCACAAGUACCAGAAACCACGGCCAGAAGACAGCCGCUCUCCCUGUCCCGGCCUCAACGUCCUAGCAAACCACGGCUGGCUCCCUCGCUCAGGCAAAAACAUCGACCUGGCAACAGUCCGCAGCGCAGUGGCAGGCGCAUACAACUACGCCCCGACAACAUUCGACGAAGCCUUCCAGAUGGCGCUGGAUGUGAAUGUCUCAACAUCAGGAAACAGCUCGACCUUCCACCUCGCGGAUCUGCGAAAGCACAACGCUGCAGAGUUCGACGGGUCCCUCUCUCGCAACGACGCCUAUUUCGGGGAUAAUCUGCAUUUCAGCCCGGCUGUUUGGGGCACUGUCGCUGAAAGACUAAAUCUAUAUGACGCGGGUGACUGCAAUAGAGAUACAUAUGUUACGGUCGAAAUGGCAGCCAGAGCCCGAGCUGCACGAGUACAGGAUGCGAUGCGCGCAAACCCGAACUUUACCAACUCCAAGCUGGCGAUGGAGGGAAGCCCUGGGACGACUUCGCUGUAUUUGACUACAUUGUGGGACUAUGAAGCGGAUGGAGCGCCGAAGGCAUGGGUUAGGGCUUUCUUUGAGGACGAGCGGAUUCCCUAUAUUGAGGGAUACCAGCGGCCGAAAACCCCGAGGAACUUUACCGAUAUUGGAAAUAUGAAUGCUAGGGUGUUGGCUGUUGAUGCGAAGGCAUAGCAUCACUUGUUCAAUAUCAUUGAUUCAUUCCGGUUGUUUACCUAUUUACCAGACUAGCGAUCAGUAUACAAUAGAACACCGCAUGUCCUUUAUCUGGGUGUUUCCUUGAAUUAUCCUCCCCUAUAUCCUGUCCGAGUAGUAUAUGCUAUUUCACUCUGGAGGUUAUUGCUUAGCAGCCUUCAUGUCCUCUUCCCAAACAUUCCUGACCUCCUCGCUAAACGCAUCAUCUGUGAGUAUCCUCCACCCAACCACUCCCAUCCCUUUAGCCCAGUCAAUGGCCGUCUUAAAAGA